GCCAGGCCUGGAGCCCAAGGAGAAGAGCGCGGGGAGGGGAGGAGCUUGCCAAAGCCACUGAAAUAAGGCCCGGCGCACUGGCAGCAGCGGGUCUCAACCACGGCCCUGCGUUGGCAACGGAACCACAGCUCUCAGCGAGGCCCGCCGUAGCAUGGCCACUCCCAAGACCUUUCCGACGCUCGUUCAGCUGGAGCAGCGAGAAGGGACGCUAUUCGAGGUGCUCGGGAACCUCACCAAACCGCCCUACUGGUUUCACUCAGAGUACCUGAAGAGUCCGAAGGCAGUUCACCUGGAGGCCUGGCUCGUGGAAGCGAUCUUCGGCCAGGGCGGAGAGCACAUCCCGCACGUCGAGUGUGUGUCACAGACACUGCUUCACAUUAGUCAGUGGGACCCGGAUGGCGAGGCUGAGAUCCUGAUAUUUGGACGGCCUUAUUACCAGAUGGAUGUAUCCAAGAUGAUCAUGAACUUGGCCGAGUACCAUCGCCAACUCCGGGCGCAAAAUACCGAGCCGGAAACAAUGAAAGGCUCCGAGAAGGCGUCUGCCCUGGAAACGGCGACCCAGCGGUCCCCCGACGAAGUCUGGGAGGCGGCGACCCAGCGGUCGCCGGGAGCAGCCCGGGAGGCGGCGACCCAGCGGUCCCCCGGCGCUGCCCGGGAGGCGGCGACCCAGCGGUCCCCCGGCGCUGCCCGGGAGGCGGCGACCCAGCGGUCCCCCGGCGCUGCCCGGGAGGCGGCGACCCAGCGGUCGCCCGGAGCAGCCCGGGAGGCGGCGACCCAGCGGUCGCCCGGCGCUGCCCGGGAGGCGGCGACCCAGCGGUCCCCCGGCGCUGCCCGGGAGGCGGCGACCCAGCGGUCGCCGGGAGCAGCCCGGGAGGCGGCGACCCAGCGGUCCCCCGGCGCUGCCCGGGAGGCGGCGACCCAGCGGUCCCCCGGCGCUGCCCGGGAGGCGGCGACCCAGCGGUCGCCCGGAGCAGCCCGGGAGGCGGCGACCCAGCGGUCGCCCGGAGCAGCCCGGGAGGCGGCGACCCAGCGGUCCCCCGGCGCUGCCCGGGAGGCGGCGACCCAGCGGUCCCCCGGAGCAGCCCGGGAGGCGGCGACCCAGCGGUCGCCGGGAGCAGCCCGGGAGGCGGCGACCCAGCGGUCCCCCGGAGCAGCCCGGGAGGCGGCGACCCAGCGGUCCCCCGGCGCUGCCCGGGAGGCGGCGACCCAGCGGUCCCCCGGCGCUGCCCGGGAGGCGGCGACCCAGCGGUCCCCCGGCGCUGCCCGGGAGGCGGCGACCCAGCGCUCCCCCGAAGCUACCCAGGACCUGGUUACCAGGUUUUGAAGGCGUUUCAAGCCCUGGAGCAAGAGAGCCAGGAGAAGUCAAAGUGGAAGGAAGCCUCUGCCUGGAACCCUAUUCUGUUAGGU